CGCCACCGGAAGUAGUUUUCUGCCACAACGUCAACGUGAUGUUCGCCGCACUUCGGUUAUAACCUUCGCGGACUUUUCUAAACUACAUCUAGAAGACGAAACUAUAUAUUGUCAUCGCGAUUAACGAGAAACAUGGCGGCCUCUGUGGAAUUGAAAGCAGCUGGAUUAGUGGAAAAGGACAAGAAUGGGGAUGUUUUAUGGAGCUGGUCUUACCCUUCCAUGUCGAGCCAAGAGAGAGAAUAUGCACAGCGCAAAGCAGGACUUGAAAAUGAGCAUCCUGAUUCAGUCAACUACGUCUUUUGUCAGUGGCGACAAGUCUGGUACUACAUCUUGAGAGCUGACUUUAAUGGAUGUAGUGAUGUUGCUUCUCUUACACAGGUUACAGAAGUUGCCCUUGUGUUGAUGGCACGAGAUUUUAACCCAGAAAAGUAUGAAACACUGUGUCAAAUAUUUUUACACCGAUACAGACUAACAGGAAAUCCAGUAUCGGUGUUGGAAGGAUAUUUGUCUGUUGUUACAAGAGGCACCUGUCCCAAUGAUGAAAAUGGCAAGUUUUCAUCUGGUGAUUAUGACAAAAGACAGUCAUAUGCAAAAGUUUGCCUUAAAGAAAUGAUACAGACGUUUGGAGUUGAAAUCAUCUUCAUCUACACUGCCAUGCUUCUGAAGAAGAGAAUUCUGGUAUACUGUCCUCAGCACUCUCUGGGCCAGUUGCUAAGUUACACAAGAUCCAUACCUGCAUUUGCUUGGCACAGGCAAAACUGGAACAUUGUCUUUCCUUAUGUGCACCUUUUAGAGCCAGAGGUAGAGGAUUUAGUCACAGCUUCACACUUUGUAGCAGGUGUAACAGAAUCUUCAGCAGAAGGAAGAUUGGAGCUGUAUGAUUUGUUUGUAAACAUUCCAAACAGCAAAAUAUCUAUAACACCCAGUGCUAAAGAAAAUUUUGCAAUGGGCAAACUACAUAAAGACAUAGCUGUAAUGAUGAUGCAGCUUGCGGAAGGGGAGGCUACAGAUCAAGAUAUUGUCAAGGAAGUGGCUAGCAAAACCAAAGAAUUGUUAAACAACCUCAUGACACUAGCUACACCUGGUCAAGAUGGCAAACUCUCGUUGUCUCUGGAAACUCUGAGAGCAAGGAAAAUGCCACCUGCAACAGAAAACUUUCUGUUUUCCCUUGCAGCUAGUGAAGGUUUUGUACAGUUAUAGCAUCUACAUGUUGAAAAAAAAGAGAACAUGAAACAUAAGUUUUGUAGUUUCUUAAUCAGGAUGAAGAUGACUAUCUGGAGUGUGUACACAUAGCAGCAAGGGACAAAAUGCUACAAGUCUUUCAAAACAACCUUCUGCUCCUUGUGCAGAAGUCUGUAAAUUCUGUCAUUUGUUAUUUUAAAGAAUUGGAGAGGUGCUGCAGCAGUGCUACAGAGAACUUAAAAGAUAGUAUGAAGUUACGAAGUAAGAAUUUCUAUGCAAAUGAAAUGUUGAAUUACAAAAGAAAAAAGCAAGAGUACUCGAAAGGGCUUUUAUUUUUUUUUUUUUUGGUCAGUUGGUCAUCUCUUUCUUAGUUUCCUUGGGUUUUAAGAUGGAAAAAGUAACAAAAACGAAAAUUUGCAAAGGAAGUGUGAAAAAAAUAGUAAAUUUGAUUUUGCACCUUUAUCUAAAUAGUCAAUGUAUACAAUCAGUACUGAAACAGUUAAAUUUGUAUGAAAUAUUUAACAGUUAUUUAUACUGUUAAAUUUAACUUGUUAGUGUUAUAAUUACUUGUUUUGGGAUAUGUUACACAAUUACAUUUUGUGGGAGGGUUAGAGGGCAUUUUUAAUUUUUUUGUUUUAAAUACACUUUUUGGAAGCAGAUCUUAAGUUUUGGGAUCAGAUUUUAAAAACUUGGUCAAAUGGGAUUUUGAAUUUUUUUAAGUAUACGUAGAAUUUUCUACUUCAAGAAAAGCAGAAAACACCAAUGCAUGUUUAAGAGCAUGGCUGAAAUCAAAACUUUGUAAUAUGCCAUUUAGAUUUUUUUUUUUUAAGCUUGUUCAGAGAAGACACAAGUAGUGACACAUAAAAUUUGUUAAUUUGAUGUAUAGUUUUUGGUUUGUAUUGGCUUGAAAUAAAGACUGAACAAACACUA